AAGGAAAGAGAGGAGAGGGGAGGGAGGGAGAUGGGUGGUUCUGUUGAUCACGUGGGUAGAUAGCCUGCGGGUCACGUGGGGCGGUGCGCGCUCAGUGCGGCUGCGCCGGCCGGUAGCUGCAGCUGGAGCGGUGGCGUUUGGAGCAGACGCGAAACUGGAUGGCUUCUACAGGGAGCCAGGCCUCUGAUAUAGACAAGAUUUUUGGAUUCUUCAAUGAUGGCGAGCCUCCCACCAAAAAGCCCAGGAAGCUGCUUCCAAGUCUGAAAACCAAAAAGCCUCGAGAACUUGUGCUGGUGAUUGGGACAGGCAUUAGUGCUGCAGUGGCACCGCAGGUCCCAGCCCUGAAAUCCUGGAAGGGGUUAAUUCAGGCCUUACUGGAUGCUGCCAUUGACUUUGAUCUUCUAGAAGACGAGGAAAGCAAAAAAUUUCAGAAAUGUCUCCAUGAAGACAAGAACCUCGUCCAUGUUGCCCAUGACCUCAUUCAGAAACUUUCCCCUCGUACCAGUAAUGUUCGAUCCACAUUUUUCAAAGACUGUUUAUAUGAAGUAUUUGAUGACCUGGAAUCAAAGAUGGAAGAUUCUGGAAAACAGCUCCUUCAGUCUGUUCUCCACCUGAUGGAAAAUGGAGCCCUAGUAUUAACUACAAAUUUUGAUAAUCUCCUAGAACUCUAUGCAGCUGACCAGGGAAAACAACUUGAAUCCCUUGACCUUACUGAUGAGAAAAAGGUCCUGGAGUGGGCUCAGGAGAAGCGGAAGCUAAGUGUGCUACACAUCCAUGGGGUCUAUACCAAUCCUAGUGGCAUCGUCCUCCACCCAGCUGGAUAUCAGAAUGUGCUCAGGAACACUGAAGUUAUGAGAGAGAUUCAGAAACUCUAUGAAAACAAGUCAUUUCUUUUCUUGGGUUGUGGCUGGACGGUGGACGACACCACUUUCCAGGCCCUGUUCCUAGAAGCUGUCAAGCAUAAAUCUGACUUAGAACAUUUCAUGUUGGUUCGAAGAGGAGAUGUAGAUGAAUUCAAGAAGCUUCGAGAAAACAUGCUGGACAAGGGGAUUAAGGUCAUCUCCUAUGGAAAUGACUAUGCUGAUCUUCCAGAAUACUUCAAGCGACUGACAUGUGAGAUCUCCACAAGAGGCAGAUCAGGGAUGGCAAGAGAAGGCCAGCUAAAUGGUUCAUCUGCAGCACAUGGUGAAAUAAGAGGCUGUAGUACUUGAGCAAGCCGAAGUCGCCAUUAGACCAUGCUGUGGGGCCUUCCUGUGGAUGUGUUAACAAGCAAACGUGCGAGAACUCAGCACAGCUCCUAGGAAGUACCAAUACCCAGUGAAGCUCGGGGUAGAAUAGGGGUGGCAGUGUUGCACCUUCCCUCCAUGCUGGCUGUUUCUCCAUACUCUGCUGCCUGGUCCAGUUUAAUACCCAAAUGACAUCAGGACCCAAUGCAGCUCCUACCUACCCCAAGGCUGGACAGGCUUAUCUACACAGCAGACCAAUGUGAUGACUCCUGGCUAUGGCUCCAGCUCUGCAGGACUGGAAGAGCAAGAAGUCAUGGAGUCAGUGGGCUCUUGUUGCAGUUUUGUACUCCACUUGGUUUUUCAAUUGAGCUUAUGGCUUUUUUAAAACAUGACUCGAAGCUCUAGUUUUCUAGAUCUUUUACAGUGUACAGUAUUUUACAUAACUGAGCUGUAUUAAAAGCUUGUUCGUUUA